AUGAGCCAACAGGAAAUGCUCAAGGGAAACACUGAAACCCUGCUCUUGUCUCUGCUCUUGUUGGAACCGAUGUACGGUUACCAGAUUGUGAAGGAGAUAAACACAAGGAGCAGCGGGUACUUUGACUUUAAGGAAGGUACUCUCUAUCCCGCUCUGCAUCGAAUGGAGCGGGAUGGGCUGAUCGAAGGGCGUUGGCAAAACACCCCUGGUGGCAUGCGCCGACGCUAUUAUUACAUCACUCUCAAGGGCCGUUUCGUUCUCACCGACCGGCAGGCGGAAUGGCAGCGUUUCAGUAGAGCAAUGAACUCUGUUAUUGCCCGGUCAACGGUUCAACCGGAAGGAUAA